AUGGCAGAAGCCACUGCAAGGCGCGACUCGGAAGAAGAGGUUCUAUUCGAAUCGGACAUCGAACUGUCUGAUUUGAAUGAACAGGCCGUUCCUAAGCCCACAGUUGAGUCAGGACUCUGGAGCUAUCUCACGCCUGGAUGCCAGCUUUAUUUGGUUGCAAUGCUAUGUGGCGAGGCUAUGAAAGCAUUGUCCAAACUGUUGAUGGAGAAAAUCGAUAUGAUGGUACUAAUUUUCACAAGAAUGUCCAUAACCCUAUGCACGACUGUCCUGUACAUGUGGUACAAAAAUAUCGAUCACUAUUUUUGGGGGCCGCCCGGCGUAAGACUGUUGAUCACUGUUCGCGGUGUCUCAGGAACAGUUGCAAUUGUACUAACAAUGUUUGCCUUGAAGCACUUGUCGCUGCCCGAACAAACCGUACUUACGUUCUUGGGCCCGCAGGUGGCCCCGGUCUUGGCGCGGAUAAUACUGCACGAACAGUACUUCUGGCAGCAAGCUGCAUGGGGCCUAGUAUCGUUCUCGGGCGUGGUUGUUGUAGCAAAACCGCCGCCCUUCCACCACGAGGAAACCACUGGAAGUGAAAGCAGCGUGCAACUUCGUGUUUUGGCGAUCAUGGCUACUCUCUUCGUAGUGCUCAUCACGGGCAUAGUCAUGAUUGUAGUGCGCUCCAUCGGAACCCGUGCUCACCCACUAUGCGUUGUAGGAAGCUACAGUAUGUUUUCUGUCCUCUUGAGUGCGGCGUGGAUGAUCGCCGAUCCGUCGAGGAUCACCGUGCCAAAGACCAUUCGCACCUGGGUCCUACUCGUAGGCACAGGGCUUUUUGGGUUCUGUUUGCAAUACAUGACUGCAGUCGCACUGCAAAAGGAACAAGUGAGUAUGCUGGCUGGAUUUCGCUACACACAGAUCCUCUGGGCCGUCGUGUUUGAGCUCAUACUAUGGCGAGACCUGCCAGAUCUCUGGACAAUAACAGGCAGCAUUCUGGUGGCCAUUGGCGUCAUUCAGGCUACCAUUGUAAGAAAACGAUUGACGGAAGCUAGUAAACCCAGCACGUAG